AUGGCGAAUAGAGCCGUGCCUAAUAUACUUGUGACAGGCACACCGGGGGUUGGCAAGUCUUCAAUUUCCCGUUUGCUUGCCGAGAGAACAAAAUUCACAUGGAGGGAGGUGUCAAAACUAGCAGAAGAAUACAAUUGUUUAGAUGAAUAUGAUCCUGAGUACCAGUGCCCAUUCUUGAACGAAGAUAAGCUCCUUGAUAUCAUGGAAGGUAUGAUGACAAAAGGUGGCAACAUAGUGGACUACCACGGCUGUGAAUUCUUCCCUGAAAGGUGGUUUGAUGGGGUUUUUGUUGUAAGGACCAACAACACAACCUUAUUUGACAGACUAACAGCCAGAGGAUAUACUGGCAAGAAACUAGAGGAUAAUGUACAGUGUGAGAUAUUUGAAACUUUAUUGGAAGAAGCACAAUCUUCAUACAAACCAGAGGUUGUUAUGGAACUGCAAAAUGACUCUGAAGAACAGUUGUAUAAGAAUGUUGACACUAUUGUUGAGUGGAUAGAGAGAUGGAAGGAAGAGAAUAUAUAG